UGAAAGCAUACCCAACAAAUUCAGAAUUUGAAGCUGUUGCCUCAGCACUGGUGCGAAUACACCCAUGUCUCAAAGAACAAGGAUCAGCAUCCGGCUGGAGCGGUUGGAAAAACAGCUUGAAGUUCAAGAUGGGAAAUAACCGAACAAAAAUUCGUAGGCUGGGUCACUGUGACGUCACAGUGAAUGGUGGUAAACAUGGAAAGCACUCUCCGUGUGGAGACCCACCUAACAAGAGAAUCAAAAAGCCAAAAAGAGGAGAAAUAAAUUACUUACCAGAUUAUCCAGAUGGACAGGAUGACUCCACCCUUGAAGAUGCUUGACAGACCAUGGUGGAUGAAAUGAAAAAGAAAACCCCAAAUGGAGCCCUCAUCAAGCAGAAGAUGGAUCUGACAUUUCCUCUUCGAAGGAGUGAAGUUGUAAAGGACAAGCCUGCCAUCACACAGAUAUGUGAACGCUGGCCUGCUCUCUUUACUGAACAACAGGUGUGUCUGGAGUUCAGCAGGGUGGUUGGUAAGAGUCUGAAACAGGAGUUCUACGAGGCCCUUGACCAUCAUAGUCCCAGGCUUAUGGAAAUCUUCAAGACAAAGAGCGGCCUCACAGGGCAGGUGUUGGCUGACCUGAUGCAACAAACGAAGACUUUGAAUGUGACAGAAAUCAGAUGCCUUGUCCUCAGGGGGCUUCCUAUAAUUCUCGGCGAUGAUCCUUCCACCUUCUUCAAGGCCUGCGUUGACGUUGAUGAUGAGGGUUUAUACAAUGAUGUCCCCGUGGGGAUCCUCUACCAUGAACAGGAAUACAUCACUCCACAAAAGCAGUCCCUUCACCACAACACAUCCUCGGUGGGAAUCAUCUUGGAGGGAAAAAUUGUGAUGGAUGCUAAGAGCCUUCCGCAGGCCAUGUACAUUGUCUUUGGACUUACCUAUGCACUCCAUCUCAACUACCCGAAGUACAUGAAGAACAGUUUUGAUUUUUUUCAACAGGUACUUCUGAAAUUGGGUAAGACAGAUCUGAAACCUAAACUUCAAACACUUAAGAAUCAGCUUGCAAUGUAAGAUCCAGGAUCUCUUUUCCACAAGUUUUUACAUGUGAGGUUUUUUUUUUUUUAUCAAUUGGCAGUAAAAUUAUUUGUUUUCAAUUGGCCGUAAAAGAAGAAAAAGGAAAUAAUAAAUCUGGCCAUUUGUUAAUUAAAAGUUUGAUAGAAGGGAAUGUAUAGAUGUAAGGAGAGAGGGAAGGACUGAAAAACAAUAUGUGUGGGAUAGAGAAAGCAAAGGGGGGUCACGAGGAGGGAAGGUAGAGAUGGGAGAGUGUGGGCUCUAGAUCGGGCAUCUACUGUUAGUUUUAUUUUUCAACAUUAUUCUGUAUCAUUCACUUUUUGUUAUCCUGAAAAAACUGUUUUUGUUAACUUCACAAAUGCCAAGAUGAUGGUGUGGAGUAGAGGCGGAGGGGAGAGUAUGGCUGUUAUCUGCUCUCUGUUGUUUUUUACCCUCCUGUUCUCUCCUUUUUCAGUCUCAACCCCUUUUUUGUUUUCUUCAUAGACAAAUUUGUUAUUUCGAAACGUUAAAAUGCCAGUUAGGGCUUUGGUUUAUCUUGCCUGUAUCUCUGCCAAAUUUGAAGAGGCACAGUACGAUGUUGUAAUGAUUGGAAGUGAGUGAGCUUUGUGUGCCAAUACAUUAGACAAUUUUUUUUUUUACAGAUCAGAAUAUGCUCACUAAAAGCCUAUUGGGCCAUGACUGUUUCUUUUGAUGCUAAAAUGAAAAUGUUCAAUAAAAACAAUUAAUCAGUAAAA